UUACGAGAAGUUUAUCAGUACUAGUUAUACUCUGAAAUUGGUACUUAAUUACUAAACUACAAGUUUCUCUCAUUUAAAAGAGAUUUUUGCUAAGCUAAUGUGUUUAAUUACAGUUCUAUGUUUGUGUUUUCUAGAAAAUUGAAAAUGGCAAACAACAUGACAACUAAUGAUGGAGUGAGUUAUAAUAUACAUUAUAUUUGUGAGGAUAACGUUCCAAUUUUUACCGGGACUUUCUUCAUCCUCAGUGUCAUAGGCAACAGUCUCCUCCUAUGUGUUCUUUUCAUCUACGAGAGUUUUUACGAGUUUUUUUUAAUGUAGUUUUUGUUUGGGCGUUAUCUUGGACGUAGUGUGCAACAGAAAGAGGAACUGUUGGUUUGCUUAAGAUCAUCACAGCUUUUCCUGAACAGUACAAUUUAACAGAACACUUGACGGCGGAUACAAGAGAAAAUUGACAAUGGCAGACAACAUGACAAGUGAUGAAGUCCAUUAUCUUUGUGACACUAACUUUCCAACUUUUACCGGGACACUCUUCAUCUUAAUCUUCAUCCUCAGUGUCAUAGGCAACAGUCUCCUCUUAUGUGUUCUUUUCAUCUACGAGGGCCUGAAAAGUAUCACAAAUAUUUUCAUCCUGAACCUGGCCUGCUCUGAUUUGAUCUUCACCAUCACACUUCCAUUCUGGGCUGUUGGUCACCUACACCACUGGGUCUUUGAGGACUUUGUCUGCAAAUUCAUGACUGCUGCAUUCUUUGUUGGUUUGUACAGCAGUGUCAUUUUACUGACUGCCAUGACAGUUGCCCGUUUCAUUAGGGUGGUGCUGCCAAACUGGACAAGUAACCGUGCUAGAAGAAAGAAGUGUGCAAUCGGUGCCUGUGUAGCUGCCUGGAUCAUCAGCAUCUCAGCAUCCCUGAGUGAUGCUGUGAAAGUACAGGUUGAACACUGGGAUAAUAAAAACUAUUGCUACAAUAAAUCUGAUGAAAACCUUGGACGUUAUCUCCAAGUGUCACUGCUAUUCUUCCUCCCGUUUGCCAUCAUUAUUUUCUGCUAUUCUGCCAUCCUCAAGACGGUUUUGCAAGGUUUAAGUAGAAAGAAGCAAAAGACUGUAGCUAUGCUGUUGUGUAUUGUUGCAGUCUUUUUCAUUUGUUGGGGGCCAUACCAUAUUAUGCUUUUAAUCAAGGCUCUCAAUACAAACAAAGAUUGUAAUGUACUGAAACGGUUAGAAGUUGCCUACCAUAUUUGUGAAAUGCUUGCCUAUUUUCACUGCUGUAUGAACCCACUGCUAUAUAUGAUCUCAAAGAAGAUGCGAAAGCAUCUGUUGAAUCUUAUGCACUGUGAAAAUGUGCGCAGGAAGAACAGAGAGAGAGACACCAGGCAGGAUGUGGCUUUCACUGCCCAGAGAUCUCCUGACAGUCCACAUAGUCAGUCAUUAAAUUAAGCAUUGAUUCAGUUUGUAAAUGUAGAGACUG